GCCUCCAGGAGGGGCUGCUGGGGGGGGGGGGGCAGCUAGGUCUUAAGAGAUAUGUCCUGGCCCUCUUUGUGAGGCUCAUCUUGCCACCACCUGCACAGGGAGGCCCCUACCCUGGCGUGUGUCUGCCCAGAACCAGGGCAAAGCGCCCCUAAAGCGGGCAUUCAGCACACAUCUGCCGCAGCUGGAGGGGGAGGCAGCCUAUUCAGAGAGGUUGGAACAAACAGAAAUGAAUUUCCAGAUUGCUCCAUUCUUCUCCUAAGCCCCUAGUUACUGCUUCUUGUGUGUGUGUGUGGUGGGGGGGAGGGGGCGGGCACUGGGCAUCUGGAAACUCAUUUGCACGCCAAGCACGAGGCCUGCCGGAUCGCAGCGACGGAGGGACUGCUCGGCUGCCAGCACAAAGGAUGGCCACAGAUGGUGCUGCCCGCUGCCCGUGGCCGCGCCUCCCAGCCCUCACCCUUCCCGGGGGGCACCACGCCACGCAGGAGCUCUCCUGCAAUGUCACGGGCCACCCCCCUGCUUGCUCAAGGACAGCCCUUGUCUUCCCCCUGCUAGUGGAGUGGUUUUCCGUUAUGGGAAUAAAAGGGAGCCGGUGGCAUAGCAGAGCCUGGCUGUGAAGAGUCUGGAACGCUGUGAGCAGAUGUGACAUGUGCAUUAGGCAGUCACGGUAUCACACAGAUGCCAGGACAGCCACGUUCCUACAAUCAGGAGGCAAAGGGCAGGGAGCGAGGGAGGCAGCACCCUUCACCCCCUCGGCCUGAGCAGCCGGUGAGCACAGAGGCCACACUGGCAGACACAUGGUGGCGGCUGCACAGGCACAGUGCGUGCUCUCUCAUGGUGCAAGCGAACGCAAGCUGUUCUGGGGCAAAUGCCGGUUCAUGACGAUGUGUGGGAAUGUGCAGCCAAAGAAGGAGUCUGGGCACCAUCAGAAACCCUGGAGGACUGACGGACAGAGGCAGCUCACUGCCAUCAGGACCGUGCCAUCAGGACCCUCUGAAGUGGGAGCAGGAGCGGGAAAGUCUGGCCUGGGCAGCUGGAGGGCCCUGCCUGGUGAGUUGGGAGCAAGUAUGGGCCUCCACGCUGGGCUCCUCCCAGCUCCCCACCCCGCAUCUGAGGUCCUGUUCCCCGAUCCACCCAAAUUCCCCGGGAGCACCUCAAGCCACCUCAGGGAGACAUCCCCGCCUCUGCCCCCCACAGAGACCAGUGCAGCCCGAUCAUCUCUGCAGUGUGUCCCCUUUGCUUCUUGCCUCUUGCAAUCACCUUCUGCAGGCCUUGUCCCUUCGCCCCUGAAUUACGACAAGCCCGGCCCAUCAUUUAUCUCCGUCUCCAAACCUGCCUCCUGCCAACCCACACUAUGCAAGGCGGCCAGAGGAAUUUUUCCACAAAUGUAUUCUGAUCACCUCUCUCCAGUCUGUGUCCCCGGAGGCUGUACGCUGCUUGGUAGGGAUGGGAGAUGUUCAAUGGAUGCGGAAAUGAGUCAGAGAGCCGGGCUAUCCGGGGGAAGGUGCGCUUUUGUGUUGUCACAGCAACCCACGGGCCAUGAUGGGAGCCGAGGGGUUCGCUUCUGCAACCCUGACACCCAGCACGGCCCUUGGCACAGGCUAUGCACCAACACAACCAAUGCACUGAAGAGAAUCGCAGCUGAUAACCUAAUACAGGCAAGGCGGGAGGGACGGACAGACUGCACUUGCUGCAUCCGAGAGCGAGACAAUCGGGGUCAACCUGUGACCGGUGCCCUGUGGCUUUUAAACCUGUCAGCAGCUCCCCAUUCCCCAGGGGCUGGGACCUGGCCUCAGGAACAUCAGCCCCGAAAGGAAUCCUAUCCGGACGGGUCUAGAGAUUGGCGCUGUGAUCAAAUAACACCUGUAACUGAGUCAACUGACACCUGUUUUGUGACACGCACACCCACUGGCGGGCCACGCCAAAGUGGAGUAGGAAAGGCCUGGUGUGAGGAGUCCCAGGAUGAAGGAAGGGCCCAAGCUCUAAACCACAUGUAAGAAAUGGCAAGUCUUUGCUGUAGAACGCUGACUACCUCCUGCCUCCAGAAGGCAGAGUGGUGGAGAACACACGCUGGAGCCAGUCAGCUCGGGUUCAAAUCCCAGCUCAGCCAUUUGGCAGCUGUGUGACCUGGGGUGAGUUACUUAACCUCUCUGUGCUUUGGUCUUCCCUUUAGUAAAAUGGGGAUAGUAAAUAUUACCUACCCCCUAAGCUGUCGGGAGGAUUAAACCAGCUAAUGUACAUCAAAUGCUAGUACAGUGCCUGGCCUAUACAAAGGACUAUAGGCAAAUAACCGUUUGUGUUGUUACUGAGCACAUGGCUCCUUUAAGGACAGAGAGGCUGCCCUGUGUCCCCAUCUACAUGCUGUUGCUCAAAUAAAACACAAUUUCUUUCACUCAUCUGUAAGAGCGUCACAAAAAUGCUUAUAUACCACGGGCCCGAGCUUGUAGCACCUCUUUCAUGCUGGGUGUUCCCUGGGCAGGCAGCGCUGUCCCCUAGUUCCCAGCUAUGCCCGUCUUCCCUGCCAGACUCUCUGAAGCGGGCAAGACAAUAGGCCCCCCACAUAUCUGAGCCCAGAAGCUGCUCACUUCCAGCCCUGCUCUCAGGCCUCGUGGUGCAGGUGGCCAGUUUGGGCAGUUUCCUUCCCCAAGAGUGCCUGGGAGUGGGGACUGACUUUGCAGCCCCCCUCUCUAACCGGGCUGACAGAGCAGCUGACAAAGGGCCUCUCCUCUGGCCCCACACGAGGGGUGGUUAGCUGGGAGGCCCGGGCAGAUCCUCGGCCCCUCCUCAGUCCACAUGCCUCUGCGUAUCUAGCAGGAGUGGGAUGAGCGACAGGAGCCAAGGGCAGGAUUCCUGCUCUGACCCAUGACCCCCAAGCUGUCCGUGGAAUUGUUCUUCUGCCUGUCCUCCUCUGUGGGCCCACUUCUGUCGGGUCCCCUGGAGAUGGAAAAAGGGCCCCUCCCUGCCAGUUCUCCAAGGUCAUCUCCUCCCAGAAAACAGCACAGGAUGCACAUGACCACAGACAGGCAGAGCCGGGGUCAGUGGCUGCUUGGGCUCAGGAGACCCAGUGUCAGCCCUAAUGUGGCCACUGACCCAGUGGGCCGGCCUGGGGUCUAUGUGCAUGCCUCUGAAAUGGGGUGACGUUGCCCCAGCAUGGACAGGGAGGGUCUGAUGGGAUCACGAGCGUGCAGAGACAGCCCUUUGCUCGCCUGCCCGGCGCCCCCUGCCUCACUGAGCCUCACAAACCCCCAGCGGGGGCCGCCAAGGAUGAGGCGGUCCGUAUUUUAGGAAGCAGAAACAGAGGCCCAAGAGCAGGUGAUUCAAACACAAUAGUGACCCGGGGGCUGGUCCAGGAUGGCUUCUCUUUCAUCUCCCUGCGUCUGUGGUGUCACAGAUCUGAGAACAGGCACGUCCCCAGGAGGCAGCUCUGUGCCUCCUGCCCACCUCUCAUCCCGUGAGUUGGCGCCAUCCCAGCUUCUUGUCCCACGGUCUGCACCAACUUCCUGUGUGACCUCUGGCAACUUCCUCCUGUCUCAGGGCCAUAUGUGAGAGGGGGGCAGGUGCUGUGCUCUCUGAGGUCUGUGGCUCCACGAAUCAGCCCUGGUCUCAUAAGGGGGCUCACAUCUCUCAGGGCUGAGGGCAGCCUCCACCCUUCUUAAUCCUGCAGGUGCUGUGGGAUUGUGGGAUGAGCUACCUGUCCUCAUGUCUGGCCUGGACGCUUCCCUCCCCGGGUGUAUAGAAGGAAAGGGCUCCAGAGAUCUCACCUUGCCCAGGUACCCCAUUUAAUAAAUCCAGGAGCCCAGAGCAGGGAGUGGGAGUGCUGAGGUCUGAGAGCAGGACCCGGGGGUAAUGGGGGUUGGGGAGGGGGUAGGACUUCCCUCUGGUUACAGAAAACAUCGUUCCUGGGGGGUUGUGGGCUGGACUUUGGUUGGCCCUGACAGCUGACCCCUGGACCAUAAAACAAGAGGUACUUUCCUUGUGAGAAAAUCUUACUCUCCUGCAAAAACAGCUGUAUCAUUGUACUACCACCACCGGCAGGGGCACGCUGUCCUCAGUUUCAACUGCUGGUUUUUCUAGAUCAAUCCCACACUCUGCUCCCUGCUCUGUCACCUGCCAUCACUGUGGGGGUAGGAAAGUCAAGACAAGGAGGAAUCAUCUGCUGGCCCUCUGGCCGCCAGUGACCCUGCCCCUCUCCUUGUCUGCCUGCCCUUUGUAUCUGCGCACACACUCAGGCCCCACACGUGGGGAGGACGGACCAGGCUGGCAGUGUGGCUGGCCCCGGAUGAGCACGGAGGCUCCUGGCCUGCUUUGCCUGGCCCUACCUGCAUCCUUGUGCUCAGCAUCCUGCCAUCUCGGGUCCUUGCAUGGCCAGAGAGGGCCUCUGGGCUGUGUCCUUCCUCCCAGAAGGCUCUACACAUGCCCCCAUCCCUCUCCCCUUGGGUGUCUAGGUUGGCAGGAGCUAGGAGGCUCAAGGCAUGUUAACUCACCCUGGGAACUGAACUCCAGGGGACCUCAGAGCCUGAGCUGUAGGGAUGAUUCCCAACCCAAACCGGUUUGGCUGUCCUUCAUCCUGCUGGGCAGGUCCUCAGACCCCAGAGGAGAUGUCAGACAGGUUGAGCCUGUCUGUGGGCUUUAGGAAAAUCCCAGCCUGGAAAAGUCCCUGCCUACUUCACUCCACCACCUAGAGCCUUCCAGGAUAACUGGUUCAGUUGAAAAGACAACCGAAACAAGCUCAGGGGGCCAUUUUCAUCAGAAAGAGAAUGCCCCCUUUUCCUUAGUGGUGCCCCUCAGUCCUGCCAGCCUGUGGGAUGGGCCUAGGCAGAGGCCAUGGGCCAAACUGCUGCUGUCGCUAAGACCAGCUGGCAGGGAGCCAUCACUGUGUCCUGUGCCCCUGCGAGGGGCGUGUGAGCUGGCUGUGGACCCUCAUAAGCUACCUGGUCGUGGAGUGGCCACAGCCCCCAUCAUAGAGACGAAGGGCAGGCACAGAGAAGCUGGGGAACCUGGCUCAGGGCACACCUGAGCAUGUGACAGGCUAGGACCAAGGCAGGAGUUUCUCCUCUUACUCCAGGGACAUCUGCUGCUAAUAGGGUAAGGGUAGGGGUCUAGACCACCUCAGCUGAAAAUUCUACAGCAUUAAUAGCAAAGCAAGCAUGCUGGGGAGGGGAUGACCCCAGACACCCCACAACAGACUAAAGCCAGGUGGCCUCUGUGCAUCUGUUCCCCCCCCAUCCUGGAGGGACAUGGGUUCCAAAAGGACAGGUCCUUUGGCCACUCAAGGAUUGACCAGAAUAUCCACUGGGAGGAGGGUCCUGAGAGUCAAGAAGUCUCCCUAGCUCCAUUUUGCUCCAAGGUGCCACCCAAGCAAGAUGGAGGAGAGCUCUCCCCAUACUGUUGGCCCUGGCAUGGCAUGCCCACUGGGUCUGCAAGACCAGACCUGGGCCACAUGGGCACACAGUGUGCCCCCAGGAGCCAUGGAAGCUGUAUGCCCCUCAUUCCAGCAGGUGCCACCCAGAGAGCCGGUUUCUGUCCUGUAUGUAUAGUUUCUCCUGGGGCCUGAACACUCACUCUCAGGUAAUGGGGGGGCGGGGGCAGUGACAGGAAUCCGGUUCUUCCCUGGGUAGCUGACUUUGCUGAGGCUUCCUAGCUCAGUACUUGGCAGUGGGUCUAUGUCCUCCUUCCUCCCACCCCUAGCAUAAGGAGAGGUCGGAGUGGAGCCAGGCCCUUCCCAGGCUUGACCAGAAGCCGAGUCUAACCAUCAUGCUUGUCCAUCUUCAAGGUAGGCAAGGGGGCUGUGAGUCUGGGUGGUGGGGGUGAGAGGCCUGGCUGUGCACUCCCAUCAUUAGCUCUGGCCCCGGUGGCCAAACCCAGGCUCUUGGCCCUCGUGGGAGCUGGAGCCGACAAAACCCCAAGACCCUCAAAUGGAGGUUCCCUUUCACCUAGCCUAGGCUCACGAAGCCAGAGUAGACCGUCCUGGGGUCUCGAGACCAGGCCUUGGGAAAGGUGCUGAUCCCAGGGCGCCUUCGUUUCUAUAAAGGAACCACCUGGAAAGCAUCCCGGCCCCAGAGUGACUGAAGGUGUGUGUGCCAUGGGGACAAGGACAAGAGAGAGACUUGGGGCGGGUGGCGCUUUGCCUGGUGAUCCAGGUACUUGACUACUGAGAAUUGACUUUAGGUCACUGACUGCUCUUUGAGAAAGAGCAAGCUGAGAAAAGACCCGCUGGCCAGAGCCCCAGCUCUUUUGCCUCCAAGUAUUUGGACCACCCCCAAUCCUUCUCCGCCUCCCCUGGCUCAGGGACCUCCUUAACCUGCAACAGUCUCAGGUUCACAGUACAAGAAAGGCAGACGAUGCUCCCUUCCUCCCCAGCCUGGGCUCGCGAAGGGAAGACUAAACGAUACAAAGGCUUGGGCAGCACAACAAGUGGGUUAAGGGUGGGGACAGAAUUCCUGCUCUGGUGCCAGGCACUCUGCAAAUCAGGCCCGUGUUUUUAGCUCGGGGGCAGGUGACCUGGCCCCACGCUGUGGGAGAUGACAGCCUUCCAGUGCGUUCUCUACCCAAAACCGUGUUGCAGGGUUCUUUUCUCUUAUCCACGCACCCAGCAAGAGCAGUCCACCGCCUGCACAUUUCAUGUUUCUGCCUUGGCUUUCUAGUGGAUCGCUUCUUUCCUGAGAAGCCCUGAGUGUGGAUAUUUGAUGGGACCCCGGUAGCCACCCAUGGCUGGCUGUUGCCAUGUCUCCAGGUGCCUAGCGGGGGUUGGCAGUGGGUAACCUGGCUGCCUGAAACACCAGAACGGUCCCACUGUGCUUCCCUAAACUUCCCGGUUUAGUUCCGGGGCUUCCGGACUAGCAGUUUAGCACUGCUUCCCGGUGCAGUUUGGCGACUAUCUCAUAUUGUCGACUUGUUUUAGUUAUGGAUAGGUGGACACCACUCGAAGAAAAGAUGACUUAGAGACUGAAUUUAUAGAACACGGGGGAGGGGCGGUGGGCAGGAAAUGGGAGAGGAGUUUUCUCUUUGCAGAAGCUCCUUUACGAGAUGAAAUGAUUCUCUGCGAGGUUUCUUUAAAUAUCCAGCUGCCUUGUUGCAAUGAAAAUAAUCAUUUAUAAGAAUUCCAUUGACAUACAGUACUUCCUGGCUGCACCUGUUUCUUAGAGAGUAACACAUCUGGGUGAUGUCUGCAUGAAUCGGUGUCCUGGAUGGUGAGGUCCCGGGGCAGGACUGAACCACCUGGAUCUCCAGGCCAGGGGGGUUCCAAUUUUGCUUGUGCAUCAGAAUCAUCUGGAAGGCUUGUUGAAACACAGAGUGCUGGCCCCCAGUGGGGUGUCUGAUUCAGCGGGGGUGGGAAGGAACCCAAGAAUUUGCAUCUCUAGCCAGUUCCGAGGCGAUGCUGAUGCUGCUGGUCUGAGAACCCCGCUUUGGAGAACCACUGCUCUGGACCAAGGGGGGAGCUCAAUUGCCAUUUGCUGCGUGAUUGGAGAAAGGAGGAAAAAUUCCUCCCUUUCCCUCUUUGGGUUCAGAAGGCACACAGGCUCUCAGGUCAAGGGGAACUGUGUGCUUGGCACAUGAUCUCUAACACUGUCGGCUGACUUCCCCGAUUGUUACGUUCAAGGCCCUGGCGGUCUGACCCUGGCCUCUCUUCCUGGCCCCGGGUAUAGGAGAAAGAACACUGGGUAGGGAGUCCAAAGUGGGUGAGUCCAGGUUUUAUCUACUAGCUGUGGGCUGUGUGGUCUUGGGCAAGAUCCUGGCCGGUGUGUGCACCUCUUUCUUCACCUGCAGGUAAAACAAUCUCACCCACACGCUCUGAAGGUGUUAACAGGGCAACCCUGACAGUGGCUCCUGUGGUUGGAGAACUGGACUCAGGCCAGGCCCUGUUCUGAGCCCUUUGCACACACUGUCUCACGCAAGCCUACACCCU